UAUUAGUAGUUGCAGAUUUGCUGGUGUUGAAUCCCGAAAGACCUGUAAUAACAAACUAUCUUCCCUCACUUCGUUUCUAACAUCUCUUCAAGCUUAUAUGACAUCGACCUCUCAGCCCACUGCGGCUUCAUUUGAUGAACCGCUUACUCUAAACCUUGAUAACAUAGAAAAAGCUGAGUACGAAAAGUUCAUCCAAAGCUUAAUUGAGAAAUUUCCAGAAUGUUAUAUAAAAAAAGAUCCUGAAAGAGUUGAUGAUGACAAGUGCUUUGAUGAAGAGUUGGGACGGAAAAUUAAUAAUUGUUUCAAGCCAACGUUUCGUCAUUACACUGAUGCAAGGGAAUGUGGGGACAGCGCUCGACGAACAUUUAAGGGAGAGGAAUUGAAGAAUGAGAAUUGGCUUUUCCAGUUAAGGUUAAAGCAUGGCGAUCGUGAUUUGGAGAUUUUGAUAAAGAAAAAUAAUCUCUACUUAGUCGGGUACAAGGGUAAUUAUAAACAAGAAAAUGGAACAGUGAGUGCUGAAAACUGCUGGAUUGUUCUAGAUGGGAAAAACCAUCUCCAAGUUGCUGAGUCUGUCAGCAACUUCCUGACACCGAACUCGCUAAAGAAGGUUAAACUGGGUACAUCAUACACUGCAUUGUUUGGUAAAUCUGUUCCGUCAUUUUAUGAUUCUGUGCCAGAGUCAGAACUGUAUGAAAAUUUGAUAAAGAAGUUGGGAGGCUUCAAAGGACUAGCAAAGCGAGAAGAACAUAGAAAAAUAAAUUACGCCACCAAGAAAUUGAAGAAAAUAAAAUCGAAUAUUGAAAGCCAUUAUAAAAAAUAUGAAAACCCGGAGGAGACUGAAGAUUACAAAAGAGUUAACAGCUUGUUAAAAAUGGUGACAGAAGAUAUUACUCGUGAGUGUUUAGAAGAAGAACUUGAGGGUGAUGACAAGGCAGCGCGAGAUUUUUUGAAUCAUGUAAAAAAGCCGCAAGAGGAUCAUAUCCUUUUGGGAAAGCUAAUAGAAAAGCUGAAGAAAGAAUAUGAAAAUAAUAAUCAACAGGGGCAGGCGCCGAACGAAGCUGAGGCAAGUGAAAACCAGAGGAAUCAAAGAUCAAUAAUUUUGUGGGGAAAGGUGUUCAACAAGAUAGUCGUCAUCUUGGGUAGCUUGACUGCUGAAAAAAAGGAUACAAUAGUUUGGGGAAAGAGAACGAAAGGAUAUACGGUAGAGGACUGGAGAGAGGAACAUGAAGCCCUGAUCAAGCUGAAAAGAAUGCUAAAAAAUAAAUUUAAUAUAGAUGAUGGAACACAAGAAACGAACCCCACCGAUGACGGAAUACAGGAAGUUUUUCUUUCAGAAAAAGCUACACUGAAAGGCCGAUAUAAAGCGGUGAACACAGAGGAUAAGGCUAAGGUGGUUAAGUUCCAUAAAGAACUUAAAGAAAUGUCUGAUGUCUUUAAAUUGAUGAUGAAGAGAGUUAGAGCAGAUGCUGAAAUCAAAGAUGUGAAGGAUCGUUUGGCAACAGUGAAUUUGAACAGAGAAGCCUUCACAGAAGCAGUCGAGCAUCUGACGACCGAGGACUCAUUUGGUGAGAACGAGAGCGACACCGCUGAACAUAUUAUAAAGUUGGCCAUAAUGAUAUGUGAAGCUGCGAGAUUUCCAGAUAUCAAAAAGCAUGUUGCAAAGAAUUACCACGAAACAACCCAUGAGGUCACUACUUUUUUAUCUGAAGAAUGUAUUACUUCCAUAUAUAGUUGGAGUCAUAGAUCGGCCUUAAUGCAACGUGGGGGGGUGUACGCUCGUGAAACAAUUCUUCUGGGAGAUGAUCCGGCAGUCAUCAGGGAUAUGGAUGAAAAAGAAUAUGAGUGCUAGGCAUACAGAAUUUGUACAUAACUGGAACAACUAUCAAACAGUGGCAAGAAAAUCUGCGUCAAUCCAAAAAUACUCCUCUCUGCAUAUCCGGGUCUAUUAGCGACUAUAUAUACUAUGUGCCUCGAAAACAAAGCUACCAUAUAUUUCGAAGAAUACCUACUAUUCAUUUUAAUUCAGUGUGGAAUAAGAUUGUGUUCUGAGUCGAUUCAUUGUUGGAGAUUGUGAUUUGUGCAUGCGUCUUUUUAGGAUUAGAACUGUUUAUUUGAAUUUUGUGUUGAUGUUUUGUUUGUUCAGAUCAUGCAACAAAUCAUUGUUGUUUGAUUGUGUCCAUUUUAUACUGCUGCUCUCUUUGACGUCUUAGUUUGUGUGGAUUGUGUAUUGUUCAAUUACUUGUUCAUGUCAUCAAGUAAAUCUUUGGUUGAAGACUUUGUGUGAAUUGUGUACUGUUGUAUUACUUGUC